AAUAUUUUACAAGUAUCACGAAUGACUCGUCAACUUUGUCGACUCGUGUAGACUCGUUCGAAAUAUCAUUUCCUACCAGUAAGCGGUGAGAUCUAAACAACGACAAAAUGUCUCUGAACGUAGAUCCCGAAAUUUUGUCAGUUUUCGGUUUUUGGAGCGGUCUGUUAGCUCUGAAAGUUAUGGCUAUGUCAUUACUUACUGCACGUCAACGAUUCCGAAAACAGGUCUUCGCAAAUCCGGAAGACACCUCACUCGCAAGUAAAAAAGCAAAGGUCGACUUUAACGACCCAGAUGUCGAACGAGUCCGCAGAGCACACUUGAAUGACCUUGAAAAUGUUGUGCCAUGGUUCAUUGCCACUUCCCUCUGGAUAGGAACUGGUCCAUCAACAUGGCUGGCCGGUUUGUUGAUCCGAGGUUUCGUCAUCUCGAGGAUAAUCCACACUAUCGUCUACGCAAUCGUACCGCUUCCACAACCUGCAAGAGGCCUCAGUUUUGGCGUAGGACUUUUGAUCACCGGCUACAUGGCGGUUUCAACAAUACUGCACUACUCAUCCUAAAGAAACGAUUUUAAAUUUCCCCAUACAUAUAUGAACUUACAGAACUGAGUACAAUUUCCCUAGGAUUUUGCUUCUGUUAUUGGUUUGAAACUGGGGAAAUCGCACUCAAUACGUAACAGCGAUAUAUGAAUUCCAGCUAACUUUGUAAUACAUGAUGUUAUUGAUAAUAAAAUUGGUGACUAGGUUAAUGCUUCA